UUUAAGUAAACCGAGGGUACUUCCGGUCUGAUCGCGUCUCUCCGUGUGUGACUUGACCGGGAGCAGCGUGGCUCGACCUGAGGCGGGCAGAGGGAGUGUCUGCUGGGCGUAGGAGCAGUCUGACGUCUCGUUAGUGUGAAUGACUUGAAAAAAACACUCUGACAACAGCUCAGCAGGCGAGACGGUCGCGGAAAAACCGAGGAACAAUUUUCUUUUGUAACUUCUUCCCGCUUCCUUCCUUCCGUCCCCCACCUGUAUGACUGCGUGAAGACAAAAGCGACUCAGCAAUGGAGAGCUCCAUUGGUGGCAAGCCAACUCUGGCUCCAAAACCUCGGCUCACUCCAAAACCCUUCUCGCUGCAGAAGAACACCACCUUCCGCUCCAUUAAUGCUCCCAAGACGGUCACUGCAACGUCCAAGACAACGCCACAGCAGGCUGGAAAAUCUAAAGCCACAAGUGUCCCCAAACCGACUUUGCCCACCCCUGCUCAGCAAUCCACCACCCCUGAUUCCAAACCCAGCACUGUAAGUGUGCUCACCAAGGAUCAACCAAAACCGACGAAAGAAAGCAAAGUGAGUCCACAUGGAGAAGAUACUCUUGAUUCAAGUGUAGGAAAAUCAGAUCCAGCCCCACAAACCACUCCACUCAAAGAGACACCCAAGUCGAUCCAGAGAGACGACGUCAUCCAAACAAACCACAAAGCACCCACAGAUAUUGUAACUAACUCAGAACAGAAAGACGGAAAAAAGAAAGAAGAUGAAAUUUCUGUCGUCCAAAAGCCUGAAGAAUCAGGAAGUGAAGUUUCCUCUUCACCCAAUCCAACAUAUCGACGGGCCAGCACCAGGAAUCGCCUCUCUGUGGAGCUCACCUCGAAGUUUGAAUCAGGUGGUCUAUCUCUGCCUCCACAGCCCAAUAUUAGCAUCUCUACAACCAGCACCAAAGAGGAGGCAAACAAGCCAGAGUCUUCAGCUCCAGAGCGGAGCCUGACAACAUCAGAGCCAUCAAACAGAGAGAGUGAUGAAGUUGGACUGAAGGAGGAUUACGAUGGAGGAGGCAGUAUAAAACGCAGGAUCAGUCUUCUGUUUGACUCAUCAUCGAAGCCAGAGGUCCCAACAAAGAGAGAGGAGCCAGAAAUGAUAAAUGGUACAGGAGGUGUAAAGGCGAGAAUCAAAAACUGGGCCACGGAAACGAGCUCUGAGGGUCCCAAGGUUGAGAAGAAGCCUCAGGUUGUACUACGAACUCGCUCUAAGAGUGAGCCAGUGACUGCUGCAGCAGCAGAGAAAACACCCAAAACGCCACCUGUUAAACCUCCUGCAGCCGGGACAUCAUCCAGUCAGGCGGUGGGUGAUCUUGUCUCAAAGGUCUCACCUGCUGAACAACGCACAGAGACCCCUCUGAAAACAACUAAAGAUGCUCCUACUGGAGAUAAGUCAUCAGAAAGUCCAAGCAAGACGUCAGGAGAACAUAUACAGAACAAAUCAACAGAGAGUGAUGUCCAGCUACGCAAACGCAGCCUAUCUGCAGGCCACACUGUCACUGAUGAGGGAGACUCAGCGAGUGAGAGUGGUGAGCAUGGUCUGAAGAGGGACAACGUGAAACGCCGCUCUGUUCGCUUUGGUGUCGUGGAGAGAGAUGAUGGUGGACCUCCAGUUGUCCUGGGCUCACCGUCUGAUUCCAGCGAAGAAGAAGAUGAAGAAGAAGAAGAAAAAGGAGAGGAUGCUUCUGAGGAUGGAGCUGAGGAAGAUGCUGCCAUUUCAGUGCCUGUCUACAGAAGAGUUCUUGAAAAGAAGGAUGAUGAGGUGCAAAGGCUCGAAGCAGAACAACUGAAACAUUUGGAGUUUGAAAAAAAGCGGAGAGCGGAGGAGAUUGAACUGGUGAGGCUUAAGUUAGAAGAGGAGCGGAAACUAAAAGAGGAAGAAGAGGAAAGGGAGAAACAAAAAAAGGCAAGGCAGAGGGAAGCGGAGGAAAAGGAAAGAGAGAGACUGAAGAAGGAGGAAAUUAAGAGACAAAGGGAGGAGUGGGAGAGAGAAAGGCUGAAAGAAGAUGAGAGGGAAAGGGAAAGGCAGAAAGAAGAAGAGAUGGAGAGGGAAAGACAGAUGGAGUUGAUGUGGCAGAGACAGAGAGAAGAGGAAAGAGAGAGGGCAAGGCAGAAAGAGGAAAGACUUAAACAAGAUCAGGAGGAGAGGGAAAAAGAGAGAUUAAAGGAAGAGGAGAGGCUGAGGGAGGAAGGAGAAAGACAGAGGCUGAGAGAGGAGGAGGAGAGAGCAAUUCACGAACACAAGGGACACAGAGUGGAGGCAAAAUUGAGAGUUGAGGAACUGAAUAAAGAGAAACAAAGAGAGAAAGAGUGGGAAAAAGAGUGGGUGAAGAAGGCAGGAAGGUUGGAAGGAGAAGAUAGGGAAAGAGAAAAAGAGGUAGAGUUGAUGUGGCAGAGACAGAAAGAGGAGGACAGAGAGAAGGCAAGGCAGAAAGAGGAGAGACUCAAACAAGAGGAAAGGGAGAAAGAAAGGAUACGAGAGGAGGCAGAGGAAAGAGAGAGGCAUAGGAAGCUGAGAGAGCAGCAGGAAAGAGAAGACGAGAGAAUUAGGCAAAUAGAAAUGGAGAAACAGAGAGAAGAGAAGAGGAGGGAGGAGGAAAGGAAAGAAGAGGAAAGGAAGAGGCAGAUAGAGAAAGAAAGAGUAGAGGAGAUGGAGAGAAUGAGACGUAUAGAAAUGGAAGAAAGGCUAAGAAUGGAGGAAAAGAGAGGAAGGGAUUUGUUGACCAACACGGAAGUAGAAUCUUCGGUGGAUGAGCCAAAUUUAAUCAGCUUUGACUCUGAAGAUGUGCCUCCAGAGUCACCAUCACCAUAUUCCCCCAUAGCAAAAACCUACAAGCCUGAAGAGAGUCUGAUUGAAGUUGUUUACGAUGACUUCUCUGUUAAACCGCCUCUGAUCAAGGUUGAUUUUGACGACUUUUCAGUCAAACCAAAGAGAUGGGGCUCACAGGCCAAAGUAGAAACCAGUCCAGUCAUCGACAAUUGGGCAGCUGAACCUGUGGAUAAAGACGAAUCAGAAGUUCUGGUGCCCCUGUAUUUCAGCCCUUGGGAAAAUAAAGUGCCAGAGCAGGUAGAAAAACCAGAGAGCCCAGAGCCUAUAUUAUCCCAGGAAAGUCCAGAGGAAGAGAAGGAGAAGGAGGAGAAGGAGGAGCAGGAGCCAAAGGAGGAACAGCUCAUCUUCAUGGAGGUGGAGGAAGAAGAGAAGGAGACAGAGAGGGAGCAAGAGGAUGAGACACAGGAAGAGGAAGUAAAAGAAGAAGAUGACAUGCAAGAGACGCAGGUUAACAACUAUUGCAAAAACGGUGAAGACAAAGACACUGAUGCUUUGUUAGACACCGAGCCAGACCAGCAGAAUGAGGCCUGUGAACAGACACCUGAAAUUGACAGUCCAAAGCCUGUCCCUGACCAAGUUACUGAAGUCUCCACUGAAGACUUAGACACCACUGAUUUCCACAUAGUGGCAGAGCUGUUUCCAUUCCCUGAGAGCUCCACUCCUCUGCUCGACAGCAGCAUACAGAAGUCGAAGGCAGAUCUGGGUAAGAGGCGAAGUCGAUCGCGCCCGUCACGCUCACUCCGUGCAGGUUUGGGUCCGAGCACGAGCACAGACUGGAGGACUUGUGACUCCACAGAUGAAAAGCAAAGGGAGUCAGACUCUGAGGAGGAGCAGCCUAAAUCAAAGAUUGUCUGUUCUCCUCCUCCCACCUCUCAGAAAGUCCCUAUAUUCCCUGGUUUGAGCCCCACAGCCUUAAUUGCUCAGUUAAAAAAGAGGACAGGUGGAGGAGGAACUGGUGGAGCAGGGGAAAGUGAGAAACACAAGCGGAGAGAAGAGAACGAAAGUCGUGAGGAAGUAGCACCAUCUCCCUCGCAACCAUCCCGCUCUCCUCGCUCUGCCCCUCAUCUUGCUGGGGCUGCACGAGUGUUGCCACCCAUAGGCGGCUCGGAUGGAGGUGCUGCCUCCUCUCCCGCUUGGCUGAAAGAAUUGAAGUCAAAGAAGCGUCUGAGUCAAUAUGAUGCUGAGACUUGAGCAGACAUUGUUCCCUAGCUGUUCAGCACGAAUCAAUCCAGCUCAGCUGCUGCUGCUGAUGAACACCUCGCCAUGAUUGCCCCGUUUUGAACCUGGAGAGCCUUAUUGUGGGUCUUACCUAAAAUGUUCAGGAGGGGAAAUCAGGCUUUUGCUGAACAUCAUCAAAAACUUUUGUAUCUUGUAAAUAAAAAAAGGUGCCAAGAAUGUGAUAUGUUAAGUACGUGUUUUAUCCACUGUUAUACAGAGGCUCAAUGGAGGGGGAAUACCCCAGUGUAAUCUAGAGAAAAAGCCAUGGAUUGAUCUUAUUGUUUGAAUGUGUCUGUCAUAUACUGACAGGGACUGAUGACACUAGGCCUUCAACAGGGUAUGUACAGAGAAUACUGAAUAUAAAUAAUGGAUUGCACCUUAUGUGUGUUUAGUUUAAAUUGUAAAAAAAAGAAAGAAAAAAAAAAGCCUUUUACGUUCUCUUUUCCAAUCACAUGAUGAUCUCAAGUAAACCUUUAAGCACUUUAAGAAAAAUCAUAACAAACUAAAAUUACCAUCCAUACAAGACAUCUAAGCAAUAGAAUCAUCAAGUACCUAACUGUAGUAACAUGGUCAUGGGAACUUUUCUAUCCAUUUCACCACCAAAUGUCUGUCUUCUCUUUAAAGUAAGUUUCCACAAAACGUAUGAUUUUAUUAAAACACCCCAUCACUGACCUGAACAUCAACAGGGAGCCGGGAGGAAACUGGACAUGUUGUAACAGAAUCAGGAAGGGUGUUUUGUAAAGUCUUUAACUGAGAAAAAUGCAUUCAUCUGCUCUACAUUCCUUUCUGUGCCUGUGUGCCUAAUGUUGAAGAAAUCACAUGUCGUCAAUGCUGUAAUCAUUUAUGAUCAACAUACUGUAUGAUAAGAGGAAAUUGAGGGAAUUUUAUUAAAAGAUUUUCUAUGAAA